GCUAGUGAGUAGUGUAGCCGCCACUCCUCCUCAGCUGAAGUUUUCAUCACAUGACCCGCCCCCUCUUCCAGCAUCCCGCCCCUCUCCUCCUACCUCUGCUCCCCUCGUCCAAUCGCGCUCCUGGAAGCAUAGGGGAAAGGACAGAGUACAGCGUUCCCACCUUCCCUCCGCUUCUGCAAGGCAUUAUGGGAAUUGUAGUACAGAGUGAAUAGCCACAAGCAGGAUGAUUUCUCUGGUUAUUUUUACCCUGCUUCUUGGUGCCGGUGUGAUCUUCCUUCUUUUCACCCUAUGGAAGAGUGGCAGAGUGAGACAGUGGACUGCUGGGCUGGGAUGCAGGCGGUUUCUCAAUGGCCUAUCCAGGAAGAAUCAGGGGAAGAUGUUACAUUAUGACACAAGCAAUGCCCAGGCUGCACAGGAGUCAUUACUUAUGGAAAUACUGAAAAAACAUCAAAAUACUGAAUAUGGUCAGAAACACAACUUCAAAGACCUAAUAGAUGUGCCCUCAUUUCAGAAGCUCCAUCCCCUUACUCAGUACAGUGACUAUAAGGACUAUAUCCAGCGCACCAAAGAGGGGGAAGAGAACAUACUACUACAGGGAAGACCACAUGCUCUGAUAACCACCUCAGCAGGAACUUUGACAAACCCCUCAAUGAUCCCAAUAAGUACUAAGAGCACAAAAGAACUCUUCCUUCAGGGAACAGCUGUAUAUCUGGAAGUAAUUCAAAGUAAUUUCCCUGAAAGUCUGGAAAAGGUGGCCAAGUUUACAUUUUCUCCGAAUGACAAUCACUUUGAAGCCGGGAUUACAAUUAUUCCUUAUCCUUCUGUCUGUUUCUUUAGCCUCCUGGAAAAGAUUUACUCAUCACCAAUUCCUCGUCAUACUUCAAUGUCUCAUUAUGAGAUUCUCUACACCCAGCUUCUCUUUGCACUGAAGGACGUAGAUAUACGCAUCCUUGAAGCUAAUUAUUCGUGGUUCCUUCGUCAUGUCUUCUCCAUGUUAGAGGAACAUUGGGAGUCUCUUAUUACAGAUAUUCAGCAAGGACGCCUUAAUCCAGAAUUCAAGCUACCUCUGAAUAUCAGAAAGCAGAUAGAAAAUGGUCUGAUCCCUGAUGCAGUCCGAGCUGAAGAAUUACGCGCCCAAGUCAAAGAGGGUUUUUGUGGCAUUGCCAAGAGAGUGUGGCCAAACCUGCAAUUGGUUAUAACGUGGGAAUCUGGAGGCAGUGACUUGGAUAGACAGAUACUUAAGGACACUAUAUGCCAGGGGGUACCAUUUUACUCCCCCUUGUACUAUACAGCAGAAGGUCUUUGUGGUGUGAAUUUGUGGCCUGCAGAAGAUGUACCCCAUUACACAUUGUGCCCUCGUUCUGCAUUCUUUGAAUUUAUACCUGUGGAUACCAGCGAUCAGAAUCAACCACAAACACUGUGUAUUCAAGAUGUUUCUGAGGGGAAAGCUUAUGAGCUGGUUAUAACUAAUAGAGAUGGACUUUACAGGUACCGGCUUGGGGACAUUGUACAAGUCACUGGAUUUCAUAAUCGCAGUCCUAUAUUGGAACUCCUAUACAGGAAAAGCCAGACCCUGAAUGUACGUGGAGAGCGAAUUUCAGAAUCUAGUUUCUAUAAGUCUCUUCUUCAUACUGUAAACAUGUGGCCGGGGGCCUCCCUCCUCAACUACUGCUGUGCAGAGAGUACAAUUAUGGGUCAAUUCUCUGGGGGCUCCGACCCUCACUAUAAGGUGUUUGUUGCCCUAAAAGGGGUGAGGGACCUUUCUGAGGAGCAGAGAUAUAAGUUGGAUCAGACUCUGCAGGAACACUUUCCCAUCUACAAAUCUUUCCGCUUUAAAGGAAGCAUUGGCCCAGUGCGUGUUCACUUGACGAGUCCCAAGUCAUUUCUGAAGCUGACAGAACUGGUGGCAAAUCUUUCUGGCGUCCCACUAGAUUGUGUUCAGGUUUCUCGCACAUUGAAAUCCCAAGAACUGGCUGAAUGUAUAUGGAGACAAGUCUUUUCUUGAGUGCUUCUCUAAACUGGAGAAUCACUUGAAUGGUGAACUUUUUGAAAAACAUUGAUGAUCUAAACGAACUUCAUGUUCUUUUGCCAAUUGGCAUUGUAACAUUUUAUACUAUACACAGUGGGGUAGAUUCAGAAAGGUUAGCAGAUCUUUAGAUCUGAUUUACGAUCCGCCGGCGCAUGUUUUUGAG